UCUUUUUUUUUUUUUUUUUUUUUUUUGGCAAGUAGUUGUUAGGUUACUAAUUACUUUAGUUUGCUCUUAACUCUCUUUUUUUUUUCUUUGUUCAUCAUUUUUGUUUUGGUUUUUGAAUUGGAAAUUUAGGGGAGUGGUGGGUUUAGAUGUUAAUUUUGAGGACUUAGUUUGCUUCGUAGUAUAAUAUGUAGAAACACAUCAUGGUAGUCUGGAAGCAAUAAUGUGCAAAGUAUUUCCUUAAAAGGUGACAUACAAUGGAAGAAACCGAAUAAUUGUUCCAUUAAUUGAAUACAACAGAUGAUGUUGUAGUAAUUAGAUACAGGUAAUUCUGAUGCAGUGUUGAUUUUCCCUUGCCUUUCGUAAGGAUGAGCUGUUCUUGGAUUCUCUACUUAGAAGAUUAGGUUGCAGCUAUUAAACAUGAAGGACAGACUAAAUCUUGUUUAUUUUCUGUCUUCCAGAAAAGUGAAAUUUCGGCUCACAGUGAGGGCGUAUGCUAUCUGGACGAUCAUGGGGUCAGUUUGCUGUGUUGCUGCGAAGAAAAGAACCCACCCAAAUCGAACUGAAGGUGAAACAUUGCGCAGGAAUGCCAUACGUUCACCGUCAUGGAAUUUUCAAUGGGAUAAUCGACAGCGUGUUUCUAGUGAAAUUGGUACUCCAUAUCAAGUCUCUCGUGGAAUCAGUACUAAUGAUAGCAUGGAGUUAAAAGGUGCAUUAAGUUCUGAAAGGGGUAAUUUCUCAGAUCUGGGAAGCCCAUUGGAGAAUUUUGGAACACCUAUAUCUCAAAAGUCCCUGUUCAUGGAGGAACAGGUACAAAUCUGAGUCCAUCUCCAGAUAUAUCCAUUGCAAGAAAUUAUUCUCCAGAUGUGAAGAGUUUGACAGAAUCACCGGCAAUUGCAAAGUCAUUUGCAUCAAAUGUUUCGUUGUCCAUGCCUACAAAUUUUUCAACACCAACUGCAGAACCAUCAUGUACCCCUAGCUAUCCACUAUCUCCCAACUCAACCCUAUCAAGACGAGCCCGUUGUUCACCAGGACAUGAGCUGUUGAGACAGGUUUCUGAUAGUCAGGUAUUGGGAUUAAAAUCUCCAAAUAACAACUCAAUAUCUGAAGGAAGACAAUCAUUUGUACUCUCUACUUGCAGCAAUGACAUGGGGCCUGGAUCUCUAGGUGGGUCCUCUGAUGGCUGGUCUAUGCGUACCUUUUUUGAGCUCGUGACCUAUUCUCAAAGGGAAAUAUGGUCUUUUGACAGUGAGAACUUUGGUUCUAUCCAUGGACAGCUAACUGGAUCCAGCAGCAGGUUCUCAUGUUCUCCUUCCAUUGAUUUGCAGUCUUGUGGAGUCUGCUCAAAGCUUUUAACAGAGAGAUCUUCAUGGAGCAUCCAGAAAAUUAUUGCCGGCAGUGACACAUCAGUGGUUUCUGUGUUGGUAUGUGGACAUUUGUACCAUGCCGAGUGCUUGGAGACUAUGACAUUGGAGGUUGAUAAGUCUGACCCGGCUUGCCCAAUUUGUAUGGUCGGAGAGAAGCAAGUAUUAAAGAUGUUGAGAAAAGCUUUGAGAGCCGAAGCAGAGCUCAAAGCUAAAAACCUUAAGAUAUCCAAAAAUAGAGUUGUACGUAGCUACUUUGAUGAUGAUUAUGAUGUUUUUGAUCAUCAGAAGAAUGCCGAUAGGAAAGUGAAAGUAUCUAAGAUGGAACCCAGUUCCAGCACUCGGAACAACUCUGCGAAACCUUUCUUGAAAUGGCACUUCUCGCUUGGGUCAAGGUGGAGUAGAUCCCUAUCAGAAAACGAUUGAGCUCCCGAACCCCAGCUGGUAAGGAAGAGGCAAGCAGAAGUCUAAUUAUAGAUGUUAUACCAGCACCAUUAGGUUUUUUCUUCUAGAAUUUGUAGUCUAAGCUUCGAUAAUAAAUUCAGUUUCAUUUCAAAAGUUCCUUUUCGCAGAAUUGCCAGAUAUCUGUCGUAAAAACCAUGCCUGUGCGUACUUACGUGUCUGCGAAUUCAUCAAUUGUUGUCAUGGGUUCGGAGAAAGAUGGAAUCCAAUUCCUCAUACGUUGUUCUGAAUGUGGUAGAAUCUAGUUUUGCAGUUGCAACUGUUUAAGUUAAGAGAGCAUUUUCGGCAAUUAAUCAAAGGUUAAGUAGAGCUUGGUUAUUUACGAGAGAUGUUAUUGUUUGUAUUGAUGAUGGAACCACAAUGCGACGUUUUCAGAAUAUGAACGAUGAUAUUGUAGCUUGUAAAUUUGUAACGUUGUUUCUUCCAUGGAAUAAUGAUAGAACUGUUUAAUUU